AUGCAUACACCUUCAAGACUGUUGCCACAGUUGAUGCACACCACACAGUAUAAUUUGAUCCCCCCGACGUUGACUGAUGAGCAUGCGAACGACGCAGUAGAAGUGCGGCCAGUCGAAGCAGCAGCGGAGUCGGCUUCAAAUGAUCCUCUAGGACAUCCAGACUUCGACCUGACUCAGCCGCAACUCCCUGGUGCAGAUGGCCAGGGCAUCUUUAUCAUGGGUAUUCCGAGAGCAUCGCCUGAUAACAUGUUAUCGGUGUCAUCGCUGGCCAGUGCGAUUCCGUCUAAGCCAGACCGCAUACCAGACUGUUACCCUUCACCGCAACUAACCAAAGAGACCACCUGCGACCAUCACUCUGAUGAGCGGAUUCCUGCUAGAUCGAAGGAACCUGGCUUUCUGAGUCGCAUUUCACAGGAGGAAUUGCGCCCGCUCUUUGUCGAAACGUUUUUCGAGUACUGCUAUACAUGGUGCCCGAUAUUCACCGAGGCGAGUGUCUUUCGAGAACUUCAAGAAUCUCCCCUGCUUGAGAAUGCCAUCGCAACUCUAGGCACCAACCUUCGGCCACCCAUGCUGCCUCACGAGGCUGCACCGACUUAUUACGACAGAGCCUGUAAGAAGUUUUACUGCAACGAAGAGCCAAACUUGCUACCGUCGCUAAAAGCCAUCAUGUUGUUCUACUGGUGGGCUCCUCAAGCCCCGUCUGUCAUGAAUCGUAGUUCGUCAUGGUGGUGGACAUCGGUGGUCAUCAGGCAUGCUCAGCAGGCUGGGAUACAUAAUGACUACAGCCCCAGCCAGCCCGACAUAAUCAACGACCCUGGAUUGCACCGACGAAUCUGGUGGACUGUCUUUAGCCGCGAAAGACUUACUGCAAUAUGUCAAGGCAAGCCAUGCAUGAUCGAUCCCGAAGACUGCGAUGUUCCAGAACUAUCGCUCGCCGAUUUUCCUAACUCGUGUGACAAGAAGAAGGCUGAGGUAUUUAUCUACUGGGUACGGCUGUGUGCCAUCAUCGGCCGCAUUGCAAAAGAGCUGCUAAGAUCGGCAAAGCCCAGCCUCCGGGUUCCAGUCUUUCCCACGCAGCUGGCCAAAGAACUGAUCAUCUGGCUGCAAUCAUUGCCUCCGUAUUUGCAGCUGCCCAUCGGCACCAGCCACACUCUAAAGUACGAUCGUGACGUCCAUCAACUUCACCUAACCUAUCUUGCCAUUGUAGUGGUGCUGCACAUCACGAGACCAUUGCAUUCUCUCUCUGCUCCCAAAGCAUUGACCCCGGCCAUGGUGGCAGCGUCGUGCAUCGCACGCAUCCUGAAAGACGUCCUGAUCCGCAGUGAUAUCCGGUAUAUGAUGCCAAUCGCGUGCUGGUACAGCGGCAUGGCAUUCACCGCGCUGUUACAAGGUUCCAGGACCGAACAUUUGCGAGACGAUGCCAACGCGGACUUGCGCAUCAUCACAGCCGCGAUCAAGAGGCUGAAGGAUCUCUGGGGCACCGCGAACGUGUAUGACAAGGGCUUUGAGAAGCUGCGAACCCUCAACAAGUCAGUCAGCAUGGAGGACUUUCCAAACUGCCACAUGAUGAACGAGCGAUCCGUCAGGCCCAUGAAUUCUGAGGAGAGCGCUGUUGGCAACGGCAUCGACUGGCUCGAGUAUUUCCCGUUUGUAACGAACCAGACAAGUCCGCUGGUAGCCAAGUUGCUCAAUCAACAGGACGUUGAUGAUUUCCAAUGGGAUCAUUUUGGGGACUUCUCGGCCUUUCAGUUUCAAGAUUUGGUCGAGGAUUUUGAUAGUUGGGGAGAUACUGCCGUGCUUUUUUAG